UCAGCGGGCUCACCUGAUUGCAGAUCUGAGACGUGUUGUGCCGCAAUAAGAGGUCAUUUGGAACGCGCCUGGAGAAGAACACACACGCGUGUUGGUAUUCGCGUGUUUAUAUCCGAUCACGUUGCUUUUACCUGGCUCUCUCCUAUCGUUGACCGAAGCUGCAGAAAUGACCAUCAAGAAAAGUAAAACCGUCGAGUUUGAAAGCCGUGCUGGAGAUUUAACUGCGUUGUAUUGUAUGAGUGAUUGGAUGAUUGCAGUGGUUCUCGCUAUGAUUGCCAUGAUGUCUGUAUGGGCUGCACUGAUCAUAUAUAGAUCUAUACAGACACUGAAAGGUCCGAGAAGAAAGGUUGAAGAUGAAACUGGAAAGGAGACUACAAACGAAGAAGCAGCCCUCUCUUGUGUCGCGUCAACAGAGGAUACUGAGGUGGUUCCAGAGGCACUGGAGAGCUGGGAUGGAGAGGGAUGGACGAGGGAGCCCAUGGUACGGAUUCCGACAAUCGAUGAGGAUUUAGAACCCAUUGUGGGUAUCACAACCAAUGAGGAUCUACUAACCAUUAGACGGCGAAGAACGACCAAGAAGAAUGACGGGCCUUAUGCUGACUUUCACCUCUGCUCUCCACCUGAAGAGCACAGAGGCUUAUGUCAUCAUUAUGAAGGCCUAUGUCAGGUCUGUGGAGGCUUGUGUCAGGAUGACACACGGUCUCGGACUGACAAUACCCUGGAUCAGGAGGAACAGGCUACCAGUCACCAGUCCCUCGGUGACAUAAACAUUCGAUCUGGUGAGACGAAGGCUACAGACGUGUAUAACCCGGAAGAGGAGGGUUUGAAGGAAGUUGAACUGAGUUAUUGUCAGCGUACUGAGGAGUCUGUGGCUAGCCAUCCACUUACCGUUGCCAACAAGCCUCAGGAAGCUCCAGAAGUCAAUGAAAUUCUCCCUGAUACCUUGACUGACUCUGGUCUACAAGAACCUGACCAUGUGUGUUAUACGGGGCUUGACAUGAUAUUGACUGACUCUGACGUUAACAAAUCUCUGGCUGGCUGUGUGCGCGAGGAGGCAGUAGGUUGUCCAGAUGAUGGAGACAGCCACGUUGCUUUUGCCAACACCCAGUUAAGCCCAGAAAAUGUGACAUUGCGCGACACAGACCUUCAAGAACCUGACCAGCUGUCUGUUACGGAGAUCCAGGAAGUAAAAUGCCCAGGUGCUGUCAUGAUGACCAGCCAUGUGGAGGUGGUCUAUGAGAAGACUAGAACCAUGGAGGAUGACAUGGAAGUGAUGGUUGAGGAUCUCUACAGUCACUUCCCGCAAGUGGAUGAUCGUUCAGCAGAGAGGAUGACGAGCAACCCUCAGGAACUGUUUGACCAACAGCCAGACAGUCUCUGCACUGAUCCCAACAGAGCCGGUGUUCUUCAUGACAACUCGAUGAAAGGGUUAAGCAGGGAGCCGACGGAAGCGCGACACACCCAUGUGAUUUCUGAGCGGGUUAAUAAGAGCAUGGACACACCGGUAGAGAGCAGUUGUCAGGAAGUUGAAAUAAACAUCAUGGAAGCCACUAUGGACUACAAUGAAUGGAUGACUGUAAGUGUCACAGAUGCAGAGGGUAACGCUGACACUCCCUGGGUGAGGAUAAGCCACUCGUCCGACUGCUCUGCCGAGGCGGAGCAUCAUCCCACAGAAACGCAGCACAAUGCAGACGAUUCAACAAUGACUGAAACGCCCACAUCAAAGGUCAAAGAAACUGAAACCACACCUGUAUCACGAGAUGGAGACCUGCAGGAGAAUAAAAUGGCAGCUGUGCUUCCUAACGAACCCCAUGCAGUACAGGUGAGGUUCUGUAUCCACUACAACACCCUGUCACCCCGGCAGGAACUGGCUGUGACUGGGAACCAACCGGUGCUGGGGAGCUGGAAGGGUUUUGUUCCGCUGGAGAGGGGCCAGGACGGGUUCUGGGCCAGCUGGGUCGCCCUCCCUGCGGAGAAACUGGUGGAGUGGAAGUUCGUGCUUGUGGAGAAUGGCGAAAUCCAACGCUGGGAGGAGAGUGAGAAUAGACACCUGGAAACGGGUCAUGGUGGUGGAGCGGUGAACCUCGACAGAUGGUGGGGCUUCCUCUGA